AUGGUCUGGUCUCCGCUGAGCCCCAUGGAGGAGGAGCCGCCGCCGCCCACGCCCACGCCGCCCCCUCCCUCCUCCUCCAGAAUGGCCCUGCUGAGCAACCUGACGAGCUUGGGCGCCGCUCGCGGCGGGGGCAGCCUGCGCCCAGAGGAAGCCCUGGGCUCGGGCGCCUCGGCUGGCGUAGGGCGGGGCGCGAGCUUCCACGCGGCCGUGAUCUCCUUCACCACCGUGGCGGCCGUGGCGGCAGAGGUGCGGGCGAGCCGGGGCGGCGGCGGCGGCAGCGGCCUGGCUGGGGCCGAGAAGGCCGGGACGGGCAGCACCAUCCACAGCAACAGCAGCAUUCCCAGCAGCGGCAGCAUCCACAUCAGCAGCAUCCCCAGCGGGGAUCCCGUCCCGGCGGGGGCGGGGGCGAAGCGGCUGCUGCUGGAGCCCUGGGUGGCCGUGGCGGUGCAGGCGCUCGUGUUGCUGCUCAUCUUCCUGCUCUCCAGCCUGGGCAACUGCGCCGUGAUGGGGGUGAUCGUGAAGCACCGGCAGCUCCGAACCGUGACCAACGCCUUCAUCCUGUCGCUGUCCCUGUCUGACUUGCUCACCGCCCUGCUUUGCCUGCCCGCCGCUUUCCUGGCUCUCUUCACUCGCCCCGGCGGCAGCUCCGACGGGCCCCUAAUCGCCCGACCCUGGCAGCGCUUCUGCGCCGCAAGCCGAUUCUUCGGCUCCUGUUUCGGCAUCGUGUCCAUCUUGACGAUGACCCUCAUCUCUCUGGACCGCUACUACGCCAUCGUGAGGCACCCGGGAGAGAAGAUUGGCUGGCACAGGGCCCUGCAGUUCUUAGUUGCCGUUUGGCUCGUGGCAGUGGGUAUCUCUUUUCCCUGGGAUUUGAUGUGGGACUCCAAGGGGAAUUGGGACGGGGAUGCUCAGGUGGGGUCAAGGCAGAGUUUCCACCGCUGUCUGUACGUGUCUUACCCAUCUCGCUUGGGUCCCACCUACAACAUCUGGCUGAUCGUGACCUGUUACCUGUUUCCCUUUGGGAUCAUGUGCUUCUGUCUCUGCCGGAUUUGCCGGACCGUGAGAUUGUCGGAAAUUAGAGUACAGCCAGUAACAACCAACGCCCACCUGGUGCGCUUUUACAGCGAAAUGCGCACGGCAACCACCGUGCUUAUCAUGAUCAUUUUCAUUAUUAUAUGCUGGGGACCCUACUGUCUCCUGGUACUAUUUACAUCUGCAGCCGGGGCUUUGGAUGCCCAGACACCCCCAUUCCACCCAGUACUGGAUACCGCGGUCAUAUGGAUGACCUGGGCAAAUGGGGCCAUAAACCCUCUUAUCUAUGCAGUUCGUAACCCCAAUAUUUACAUACUGCUGAGGCACAAACGGGAGGAGGGCUACAGGACUAGAAAUGUAGCCACCUACUUGUCAAGCCACAGCCGAAAUCUGGAGUCCAGAAGUUUUGCUAACCGUCUCAGAGAACACUAUGCCCACGGGCAAGGGGUGUGUGGUAGAGUGUCUUCUUCCAGUUCUAAUGGAGAAGGAGGAGGGGAUGGGGUCAUGUGGGCUUGUAGAAAUCCAGCCCUACUCUUCUGCCGAGAUGGGCUACCAGACACUGCAUCUGAAGUAGCCAGGCAGAGUAAAACAGCAGACACUAGUCUCUAAAACAAGUGUGUGCAUGGAUGGAACCAAACACUAGCAAAAGAGUGCUCCAUCCUUUACAUUUUAGGGCUAGGGGAAUUCCAUUGAGAAUUACUGGAGUUCCUGAGAACCAAACAUUUUAUACUGAAAGAAAUCAAGAGUGGGGAGGGCUUGCCAUUUCCAGAAAGGCUGAUUAAAAAACAAAAAACAGAAAAAAAAAUUAUCCGUUUCUGCAAAAGUGCCGCAAAAUGCAAAUAAUUAAACCAACGUGACUGACCAUUGUGAACUGUAAGUGCCAAAAAAAGAGACCAAAACCAAAUACCAGACCACCUAAAGCCCAUAUGUAUAGGAAUCACACUGUGAAAAACAAUAAUACAAUGUCUAUUAUUAUUUAUUCAAAUGCACAAAAGUUCUCCAGCUAGGAGAUGUAAAUUAAAUACUUUUGAUCAACUUGUAUUAAUAUUGCCCUUUAAAUGACCAUUAUCUAACAAACUGACAGUCAGAAGCUAUUAGUAGAAAAUACUAUUUGUGUGUUUGGGGGAUAAGGUAUAAAGAAAGAGCAAUUAUUUUAUUCAUCUUAAGUAUGCUUUCCCCAUAGAGUGAUGGGACCAAAUUUAAAAAUUGGAAAUUAUCAUAUUUAUAUAUUAGGUGCAUAAAACAGUUUAGGAAGAACAAAAACUGAAAGCUAAAACUAUAAGAAAACGUAAUCAAUUUGAUACAAAAAAUGCAAACUACACCAAUGCCCUUCCAAGUAGUAAUAUUAGGAAGACUUGAAAUAUAUUUGGUGCUCCCUUCUUUGGCAUGAUCUAUAAAAUUCCCAGCCUAUUCUUUUGAAUAUCCU